UUUUCUACUUAUCCCUUAACCUAAAAAUUGUGUGAAGUCUUCAUUUGGAUAAAUUCAAAUACAGCUGGAAAACAUUGGAGUGAACUCCCAAAAUUGUAAAUAAUGUGGAAAACUUUACUGAAUACUCGCCUACUAAAACAGGAAAUAUCUCAUUCUGGAAGGAAUAUCUUCCCUGGGUUGAUGAAUCGCUUGAUUUCGAGUACUUCCAAAUUGAACAUGUUUAUACAAACCCAAGAAACUCCUAACCCAAACAGCCUUAAAUUUUUACCAGGUACUAAAGUCCUUGAUAACGGUCAAACAAUAGAUUUUCCGAAUGGUCAAGCAGCUUACUGUUCCCCUCUUGGAAAACUGCUCUUCAGAAUUGACGGUGUUAAAAGUGUGUUUUUGGGACCAGAUUUUAUUACCGUCACCAAACUAGACGAUGAAGUAGAAUGGAAACUUCUAAAACCAGAAAUAUUUGCUACUAUAAUGGAUUUUUUUGUUAGUGGUCAACCAGUUUUGAAAGAUGUCCAACCUAAUACUGACACUCAAAUCAAUGAAGAUGAUAGUGAAAUUGUUCAAAUGAUUAAAGAAUUACUAGACACACGAAUUAGACCAACUGUGCAAGAAGAUGGAGGUGACAUACUUUUCCUGGGAUAUGACAAUGGAAUUGUGAAAUUAAAAAUGCAAGGUGCAUGUACAAGCUGUCCCAGUUCUAUUGUGACUCUUAAAAAUGGCGUUCAGAAUAUGUUGCAAUUCUAUAUUCCUGAGGUUAUUAGUGUAGAACAAGUUAAAGAUGAAGUUGAUGAAAUAGCAGAAAAAGAAUUUGAAAAAAUAGAGAAAAAACUACAAAGUGAGAAACCUGAUGCUUAAUUUUUGUUAUAUCAUUUUUAUUUUCAGUAUGCAAUCCUCAACAGUUACUUCUAGGAUAAUUCCAUAUCGGUGAUUUAUUGAAAUUCUUUUGAAUUUCGACUCACCAUGUCGGAUAUACCUUCAUAUUCAAGGUAUCUUUAUUAAUUGUUCAUCAUUUGAUUAUCAGCAUUGAAUGAUAACUGGAUAUGUCGACAAAUUUUUUCUUUACUAAAAAAAGCACAAGAUGCUGUAUAGACACGACAUUUAUCCAUAAUUAAUAGUUUCUAUUCUUAAAAAAGAGUCCAAACAAUUGAAUUUGGAUCUUCAUUGAAAAUCAGUUAUUUAUGACUUGCUAUGUAUUCUAUUUAACAUCAUAUGUUGAAUUUCAUCAAUAAAAUGAAGAAAAAUAAUUGAC